GAUCAAGUGUAGUCGUGCGGUAUUACGGGAAUACAGCCAUUGACUAACCAAGCCGUACCUUCCGCCCCUUUAUAAAAGCCGAACGUCAUCGGCCCCUCUCAAGAAAACAGUCAUACCUGGAGUUCCAAUGACUAGACCCUCCAACGGCUCGGCUAGCGUGUAUUCUUCACCUGCCGUACCUGCAGCUGGGGCUGCGAAGGCACACAAGAUACGGAGACGCGGCUCUAUUGACAUUGUCGAUGCCAAGGUGGCCGUUGAUCUGGCUACCGCUCAGUCGUACACUGAGAAUGUCUUCUUCUUUGUACCAAACCUUAUAGGGUACACACGUGUCAUACUCGCAGGACUCUCCCUGCACUUUAUGAGCUACCACCCAAGAUACUGCACCCUGUUGUACGGCAUUUCCUGUUUGCUCGAUGCAGUGGACGGUCUCGCUGCGCGGGCACUGGGUCAGACGUCAAAGUUUGGCGCAGUUUUGGACAUGGUCACAGACCGAUGCACAACAUCAUGUCUCCUGUGUUAUCUCUCUUCCGCGUACCCAAGCUAUGCACUCUUGUUCCAGUUCCUUAUCGCACUUGAUUUUUCGAGUCAUUACAUGCACAUGUACAGUUCUCUUGUGACUGGUUCAAGAAGCCAUAAGCUCGUAACGAGUGAUGUCAGCCGAAUCCUAUGGUACUACUAUAACGAUUCCCGAACUCUGUUCUUCAUGUGUGCAGGGAACGAGCUAUUCUUUGUCUCGCUCUACCUCAUGAAAUGGAUCCAAACACCAAUCUCGGCCUCGCUCCCUUCGCCUGUCGCAUCAUACUUCCCCGUGUUCCUACUGUCCCUCACAUGGCCCGCAGCCAUGGCUAUGCUGACCUUUCCGAUCUGCUUUACCAAAAACGUGAUCAACGUCGUACAGUUGUGGAAAGCAAGCAAGAUCCUGGUUGGCGUCGACCUCGCGGAACGUGCAGCAGCACGUGAGAAAGAAACGAUCGCCAAGCUGGAGAAGAGGGAUUGAACACUGGCCAUCUUAUAUAAAUAGUUUAGGGGGAGGAUGGGAGAGGCGCAUAACUUAGCGUAGCUAGACUCUUAAUGAAGUAGGUAGUCAUUCUUAGUUCGGACUCAACUCUUCAACUCUAAUAAGACUUGGCCU